GUUACUCGUUUGGGAUUACGUGCGUGAAUGUGUCGGUUCUUUAACGCAUUCCACAUUCUUCCGUCAAUUUCGCAUUUCGGAGUACGAAGUACGUACGAGUUCGACGGUCGUAACGUCGUUUUACAUUGUUCACUGAAUACCUAACCACGAUCAGCUCGCGGCUAUGCAUAUAUGGAAAUACGCCGGAUAUGUAAUGGAUAAGAUAUAUUAAUUGACGUAUAAUUAAUAAAUAUGGCGGAGCCUGCGCUAUCAGGAGAUAGUCUAAUUCAACUUGAAGUACGUCUUUGCCAAUAUCUGUAUGUCGGGAAAGAAUACCCAAAUUAUCAACCAGGCAAUUGGUUUUUUCACAAAUAUUACGAAGAAGGUCGCGUUCAGUCCAUAAAAAAAAUAGCCGAAACACAGAACCCAUUGGUAGCAAUCGACUUGAUUAAAAAGGCUUUUGAAAGAAAACUGGUACAAAAUUCAGAAACUUUGAUAUUUGCACUGGCAGUAUGUGCCAGACAGACUGAGAACGAGAGUCUGCGCCACGCUGCCUACAAUGCGAUAAAAACAAUUUGUACAACACCGCAACAUUUCAUUCUGUUCGUCAAGUUUGCUUCUCAAAUAGCCAAGAGCGCACCGGAACCGAAACACGGUUGGGGUGCCGGAUGGCGAAAAGCUGUAAAUGAGUGGUACUUGUCCAAAGAUGCCCUUGAUUUAGCGAAGUGUGUUACCGGAUGCAAAGGCAGAUAUGGCUGGACUCACAAGGAUAUUGUGAAAUUAUCUCAUCCCAAAACAGACGAUAUUGCAAAGAAGGCUGUUCUGAAGUACGUAUUGUUCGGGUUGAAAGAAACGAUAAAAGAUUUUGGCGAUAAACCGGAAGCUGCCGAAGUGAUUGAGUAUAUUCAAAAAAUUGAAAAUUUUAAACAUUGCGAAGAUCAAGUGUUGGCUGGUAGAUUACUGGAACUUCAUAAUCUUACAUUGGAUCAUGUCCCUGGGCAUUUACUGAAAUCUGAAGAGGUAUGGAAUUCAUUGAUACCAACAAUGAAUAUAACCAUGCUGCUUCACAAUCUCCAAAGAAUGCAUAACAUUGGAAUACUAGAACCAACUGGCACAGCAGUCGAUAAAGUAGUUGAUGAAAUCUGCAACCAAGAGAAGCUACUCAAGGAAAAGAUUCACCCAGCUCUGGUUCUGAUCACAAUUAAGAAUUACGAAAAAUCUGGCCCAGCUUUAUCGUACGAAAAACAGAAGGCCAGAAAAGCCAAAGCAAGAUCAGUGAUUCCACCUCCAAAACCUACAAGAAAAAUUAUUGAAGCUCUUUACAAAACACUUGGAUAUUCGUUCAAUAGUCUGGCACCAACGGGUCUUCGAUAUAUGAUUACAAUAGAUAUGAGCAAAGCUAUGCAAGACAAUUCUGCAUGGCGGUGUGGAAAUCUCAGCUCAGCAGAAGCAGGAUGUCUGAUAGCACUGUGCCUUCUUCGGAGUGAGAACAAUGUAACAGUGGCAACUUUCAAAAAUAUUGGUGUUCAUAUUGUAUAUUUGAAUAAAAAUGCAUCGUUGGGACAAAUUGUGAAGAAAAUGAAGCAAAUGCCAACAGGGGAGGUUAACUUGGAAAAGCCAAUGAUUUGGGCAGCUCAAAAAAGUGAAGAAAUCGACGUAUUUAUAAACGUAGUCGACGUUGUCGACAAAAGAUGUGGGAAUGGAGCGAGAACUGACAACCCUAGGAAAGCUAUCAAAGAGUAUCGAAGCAAAAUGGAGCUAAAAAAUGCAAAAUUAGUAACCUGUGCGAUGACAACUGCACAAAUGGUACCUCAUAGCGAUGACGACAAAAACACUCUUACUAUCUGUGGAUUCGAUGAGAAUGUCCCAAAAAUUAUCGAAGCUUUUGCAAGGUCCCUGUUUUAAUUUGCAACAAUAUCCUUCUAACCUAACCUUUUCUAACAGCCACAAAUGUCUCAACACCAACCAAAGAGAAAAAAGGAAAAAUACAAUGUACAUCAGGAACAAGAGACGUACGUAAAUUGGCUAUAAUACAUCAGUGUGUUACAAGUUAUAAAAUUACAAAUCACCCUGGAGAAUGAGAAUGGCAUUCAGUCACGAGAGGUUAGUCAGUUGCAUUUUGCAGCUGUUGAAAAUGAAGCUAUAUUUUUCAUCUUCCAAUUCUUAAUCUUUAUCUGUCCUGCACAUACAAUACCUAACGAUUUAUUAUUGUGACAUUAGAAAUACUUGUAUAAUUUUGUUCUUUCAAGGUCCAAAAUUUUCUACGCACUUCAUACUAUCGAUUUUAAUUUGUGUCUGGAGUUUUCAAGGUUCUUAAUUAUCUUGUAUACAUUAUUUGCUUAUAACUGGACAGAAACAUUUGUGGCAGAUAGCAGUAGAAUCAAGAAUUAUUUUAGAAUUGAUUCCGUGUUUUCUAUUUCGUACAAUAUGAAUGAUAUAGAGUAUCAAUAUGUGAAAAAGUUCGAAGAUAUAUCUAUGUAAAGAUUAUAAUUAGAAUGGGGAAAAAAAGAUAUUAUCUGGAAAAAGUGAAGUUGGCCAUGGUUUCAAAUGAUAUGAUAAUCGGAGUAAUUAAUGCUGCAUAGUUUAAUGAUAGAGAGACUAAAUAAUUACUACAACUGCCUAAGAUGUCUUUUACUUUAACGUAGAGUGUCGACAACCCACACAGACUGACCUUUUUGAUAAAGCUCUGAUUAUUUAUCGAUUUAUUAGCCGCAUUUAGAUCAUUUUAUGAAUAUAUUAUUCUAGAUUUAAUGUGACUCGGGUCGACACGGGAGAAAUAUAUAAAUCACGACUUAAUUACCACUAAUACGAUAAUACAAAAAAAAUUAACAAUUGUCGAGACAUUUACCAUACAUGGAAUUCGUUUCUCGAAUAGAAUUUGAAUAUCUCGUUGCUAUUAAGAGCAUCUUUAUGGAAAAAACGUCAAAGUACACGAACACAAAUGGCUUAAUACAUAUUGGUCAUAUUGUGUUUCGCUGUGACGUCUACAUCAUUCCGUGUCAUCGUGGUAUGUUUCUUUAAAAGUCGACCAAAACAAUAUCAACGGGUCCUACUAAAUUUUAUCUAUUUUAUCUAAAUUUACCAUGACAAAUUAGAAAUCUAUAAAGUUCUAACUUAGCACGUGAUUAACAGUGGUGAAAAAAAAUGGACACUCUAUUUAAUAAAUAUAAUAGAAAAAUAAAAUAUACGUUAUUUUGCACUGUGAAUCUUUAACACUAAGUUGAUACCACUAUUAGAUAAUGAUUUUAUGUGAUUAUAAUUAAGAAUAACGCGUGUAUUCUUUUAAGAAGUAAUUUUUUUUUUCUCCUUAUGCUUAAUGUCAUUCUGCAUAUCGCAUGUUGAUGCAUUUUUAUUGUUGCUUUUUUUUUUAUGAGUUCGAAAUAUUUUGAUUUCAAGCUAGUAGUCAAACGCAGCAGAGUAUUUAGGCUUACGAUUGUACAGUAUGCUUGAUACGUAUAAUAAUACUCAAAAAUUACAUAUUGUAAUAAUAAUUUUGCUUCAAUUUGAUCUUGGUUUUGGCUAUGGGUUUGUGGUAUUUUGAUAUACUUUUAGUGUGUAAUAACUAGUGCCUGGAUUGAUAGGUGAAUAUAUAUUUUUUACUAAAUCAUUUUUAUUUCUUAUUUGGUUUUCUACAUAAAGUAAGAUGUUUGGAGCCAGAAAAUGCAGUUUCUAUUUUUUAUAUUUUUUUCCCCCAUAUUUUAGGUUUUUUAAGUUUAUAUUAUACGUACAACCCAGGCUCUAGUAAUAACUAUUACGAAUGCAUAAUGAAUUAGAAAUUCGCACACUCCCGGUUUACACCAGUUGAUAGAAAAUGUGAAAAAAAAGUGGAAAGAAAGAAAAUAAAUAAAGAUGAAAAAUUUUCUCUGUGAUAUGCAUUUAACCCCAAAGAGUGUAAGCUUACAAUUUUUAGUGUAAUUUUUACUGUUAUUUCAUAUUUGCCAUAUCCAAAGUAACGAGAAGUAAACACUGAAUAUCCCUUAUACUUAUAUACUGUGAUAUAAAAUCCACUGUUAUUGUUGAAACUAGAAAAAUGAAUAAAUAAAUCGGGAGUGUGCUAAGCUACACCUAAUUUGUUAAUUAGUCUUAAAUGAUAUAGUAUAAAAGAUUUUAUUGAUAAUCAAUAAAAGCACGGGAUAAAGCUUUGUUCAAUAACGAAUAUUAUAUCGUUAUCAUUAUUUUUUCAACUAUCGAAUUUAAUGUAUUAACUCAUACUUUCCUUUUUUUAUUCUGAAAUUUUCUUCUCUAUAAAAUUGUCAAUGUAUAAUAUAUAUUAUUUUUAGGUGAUUUUACUUUUAUUCUUCUCAUAAAAUCUGAAUUUAGGUUAAAAGUAAUAUAAUAUUCGUCAGAAGAAAACAGUAUUUUUUUCAUAUUCCAAAAUUUAUGAAUUUGGUGAGAUCUAUUUAUUCACGUGCACUAAGUUACGUUGUGUUAAAAUGAGGGUCCGUUUUUACAGCAAACGUGAAAACAGCAUUAAAGAAUAAAAAAAUUAAAAAAAAAAAAUCAAUAAAUGCGAAAAAUAUGUAUGAUAAGAACGUACACUACAAAUGAUAAU